AUGGAGGCUAAAUAUUCCAUUGCACUCAGCAAGCCUUGGUAUGUUUUCUUUGCCUUCUUUGUAAGGGUGUUUACAACUUUGGGAUGUGUUUACUAUAUGUUUGUUCUAGUUAUAACUGGGAAUUAUUUACGUUUUCGUUUGUUAUGGAUGCAAAAGGGAAAUAUAUAUGUGAUCAUUUGCAUACUUGAUUUAAACGAUACAUACUUUAAAACCUACGUCAAGAUACCUAAGGGCCAAAAGGUGUUAGGAGGACAAUGCAUUUGCGUUGUACUCAUAGUUCUGUCACCUGAAGUGAGUUUUUUCGAAGAUGACGUGCACGCUCAUACAAACAUUCAUACACAUACAUAUAUUUAUAUAUACAUAUGGAGAGGAGAGGUAUGUUGGGAUACCUUUUUGAUCAUUCAAUACAAGUGUCUUUCUUUUUUUUUCUGA